AUGGAUUCAAUUCAACAAUUUAUACAGACAUGUAACAAUGAAAACAGCUGCAACUUCAUGAAUACUAUAAGCAACAACAACACAAGCUUAACAACCACAACAACAACAACAGCAAGUGGAAGCUCUUCUUCAUCUGCAGCUUCAACCAUAACAUCCAACACACCAAACAGUAGCAGCCGGUAUGAGAAUCAGAAACGCCGUGACUGGAACACUUUUGGUCAGUACCUCAAGAAUCAUCGUCCUCCUCUUUCUCUCUCUAGAUGCAGCGGUGCACAUGUGCUUGAAUUUCUCAGGUAUUUGGAUCAAUUUGGGAAAACAAAAGUUCACACACCAAUUUGUCCAUUUUAUGGGCAUCCAAACCCUCCAGCACCAUGUCCAUGUCCUCUAAGGCAAGCAUGGGGAAGCCUAGAUGCACUGAUAGGCCGUCUUCGAGCGGCCUUUGAAGAAAACGGAGGAAAACCAGAAACAAAUCCAUUUGGUGCUCGAGCCGUGAGGCUUUACCUUCGCGAAGUUCGCGAUCUUCAAUCCAAAGCAAGAGGGAUUAGUUAUGAGAAAAAGAAGAGAAAACGUCCACCACCACCACCACCGCGGCCACAGCAACAAGUUCCACCACCACAAGGUGCAAGUGCAGCUCAUUAG